AGACCAGAGCACCGUGAGCUACGAGGGGAGUCGAUAGUUGUUUGUGUCUUUGUACGUUGGUUCGUCGAACAGAGACUCGAAGAGCUCAGAGAUGGCGCGUACGAAGCAGACUGCAAGGAAGUCGACGGGAGGGAAGGCUCCCCGAAAGCAGCUAGCAACUAAGGCGGCUCGGAAGUCGGCUCCGGCGACCGGAGGAGUGAAGAAGCCUCACAGGUUCAGGCCUGGAACCGUGGCUCUUCGUGAGAUCAGAAAAUAUCAGAAGAGUACGGAGCUCUUGAUCCGAAAGUUACCCUUUCAGCGUCUCGUCCGUGAGAUCGCACAGGACUUCAAAACAGAUCUGCGUUUCCAGAGCAGCGCUGUUGCUGCUCUUCAAGAAGCCGCUGAGGCAUACUUGGUGGGUCUCUUCGAAGACACCAACCUCUGUGCCAUUCACGCCAAGAGGGUCACCAUUAUGCCUAAAGAUAUCCAGCUUGCCCGCAGGAUUCGUGGCGAGAGGGCGUGAGGGAGGCUAAGACGAUUCUAUGCUGCCUCGUCUCUGUUACUCUUGUUAUUUUUGUUUUGCACUUGUAAUGUGCGAACAAUGGUCAUGUAAAUCGUUGGCUUUUAGGAAUUUGAAUAGAAACUUUUGAUUAGUAAUGUUGUUUAUUAA